AUGCAGGGCCAGAUACCUUAUGAAGUCAGUUACCAUGUCAGCAUUGAUGAUUGCAAUGAUGCCCUGAGUUUGAAGUUUUUAAAUGUCAAUGAUAAUAACUUGCUUGGUGCAGUCGACUCCGCUUGCGACUUCAAGGGAAAGCUUCUAUUGGAAAGACAAGACGUUGGUGAUGCAUGGUGUCUCCCAACUAUAACUGUGGAGGUUGGGUAUGACUGCAAUUUGACAAAUUGUGAUAGUUGGCUGUUUGAAACUUCCUAUUGGUAUAGGUUCAACUGCGAUGAGGAUGGUUAUGGAUAUUGCUGGGAUAAAUCUGCUGAUGAAUUAAGAAUGAGUAGUUCAUCCAUAGACCUGGGCAGUACUUCAAGUUCCUCUUCUAUUGAUCUUGGUGGUGGAACUGCAAGUUCCAGUUCCUCUUCUAUUGGUGGUGGUGGUGACACUGCCAGUUCCAGUUCCUCUUCUAUUGGUGGUGGUGGUGACACUGCCAGUUCCAGUUCCUCUUCUAUUGGUGGUGGUGGUGACACUGCCAGUUCCAGUUCCUCUUCUAUUGGUGGUGGUGGUGACACUGCCAGUUCCAGUUCCUCUUCUAUUGGUGGUGGUGGUGACACUGCCAGUUCCAGUUCCUCUUCUAUUGGUGGUGGUGGUGACACUGCCAGUUCCAGUUCCUCCCUUGAUCUAGACGGUAUAUCCAGCUCUUUGGAGGGCAUAGUUAGUUCCAGUAGCAGCUCUGUAGUUGGCGGAGGCAAUGACGGGGGGGGAAACCCUAGUUCAAAAAGCACUACCAAAGGCACAAGUGGAGGUAAAGUAACAGUUAUUGAUUCUGUGGAUGCUGUUGUGAGUACUACAAUCAACGGUCAAGCAACAGUAGUUUCAACCAAAGUCCUCUCCACAAGGACGACAAGUCAACCAGGUGAUUCACCUUCAACUGGAUCAAAUUCAGUUAAUGGAGCUAUUAUGAUUAAAAACGCUUUUUCCUCAGUUUUAACUAUGUUGCUAGUUAUUUUGCUCUAA